UGCUGCCGCCGUCGCCGCCGCCGCUGCCGCUGCUGCUCCUCGCCGCCGCCGCCGCCGCCGCCUCCGCAUCCAGCAGCCACACAUGCAACAGCCACGACCGCCGCUCCUCCGCUCGGCAGCCCGGCGCCGCGGGGACACGGCCGCCGCUCGAGAGGGCACCGCCGAGUCCCCCGAUCUCCACUCCCCCCCAAGAAGAAACCCUUUACUCCCCGCCCCCGCGGUAACAAGCCCAGGGGCGGGGCGAGACCGGGGCUCCCUCCGGCCCCCUCCCUCGCCGGGAGAGAGCAGCGGGGUUCCCCCGCGGCCGACGGCGCUGGGCUGCCAGGCAGUGACACUGGCUGACUCCCCUGAGACUCCCCAGACGCUACCGGGGCUGCCCGGUCGCCCGGAUCCCCGUGACAAGCUCCUCGCUACCCUCUCGCCUCUCUAUCAGCCUCGGUGCCUGUCGGAGUCUCAGUGGACUAGUCCCCGCCCCUUGGCCAGCGGCCGCAUCUGCGCCUGCGCGGCACUCACUCCUAAUAAGGCUGGGGCCCCGCCCCUAUCGCCCUACCGAAGAGUUCGCAUUCUCCCGCCUUCCCUGCGCCGCCCGGGCGAUUGGUCCGUCAACUCUAGCCCGGGGCGGGGGGAGGGUGCGGGGGCCGGCCAAACGGCAGGCGGCGCCCCGCCCCCUCUUAAAGGGGCCGCAUGGCUGAGCCUGCCCCUCCGCCCGAAGGCUGACGGUUGCCCCCCGAGAGGCCGGGCGACCGCUUUCUCGUUUCCGUUCCCCACAGGGAUAGGCGGCGCCGGCUCGGCUCGCUCGGCCCCGAGUCACCGACCUUGCCUCCAUCUGGCGGAUCCGGCGCCUCCCUCGCGAGCCUCCGAGACAGCAGCGAGCGGCCCCCUGGGUGCUGCUGGCCGAGCGAGGCCUGAGGGGAACUAAGGCGACCCAGGGUGCAGCGGGCGCGGCUCCGGGCAUGCGCGGCGACUUCCCGCCGAUGGCCCCGCGGCCACGGUCGUGCUCCGGUCGCCGCUAGGCUCCGGGAGCACCGGGGGAGAAAUAGAUAUAAGAGUACUCGCCUAGUUUUGAUGAAACGUUUGUGUAAACCCCAUUGGGAGCAGCGUCUUUGAGUGAGAAAAGAGAAAACGCCAGAGUGAUGAGUUUGGGGUGCUCCUGCCUGGUUUGCAGCGCUAUACCUGUUGCACCGCCUGUUCAGAACACUUUCGAGCAGUGGUGUAUACUAAAGCAGCUGUUGGCAUGCCAAGGGGAAUCUAAGUCCUGGUCUAGAUGAAAAUUUGAACUUCGUAAAACACAAGGCGGAAUUCGGCGUCCUGAGGACAAGGGCUAUUUUGUAAGGCCUGAGAACUAAUGUGUUAAUAGCCUUUAACGCUGAGAUUUUGACCAGUGGAAUAUUAAGUCAACCCAGGCAAGCACACUAUUGAAUUUCUGAGAACGUGGGACGAAUUUUUUUGCCAUUAUUCUUUAAUAUUAAAGAGCCAGGUCUUGUUGAAAAUAAUCAUUGUUAAGCCGGGCGUUGGUGCCUCACGCCUUUAAUCCCAGCACUUGGGAGGCAGAGGCAUGAGGAUUUCUGAGUUCAAGGCCAGCCUGGUCUACAGAGUGAGUUCCAGGACAGCCAGGGCUACACAGAGAAAUGGUGUCUCGAAAAAAAACCAAAAAAGAAAAGAACAAAAGAAAUAAUCAUUGUUAAGGUUAUUGACUUCUUUUUUAACCUGAAUUAAUUUUUGUGUUUACUCACAAACGUGGUUCAGCCAAUGCCAGCUAAAAGGUCGAAUUAUUGCAAGCCGCUCUGUUUCUUAUUGGUUGGAGUUAGGCACUCUGUGGGCCCAUGGAUUUUAUACAGCCUGCUUUACUGAGCAACAGGCAGACUUACUGUGUGGGACCUGAGGAAAGUCGAUGAUGCAGACUUCUCAAGAGCAAAAAACAAGUUGGGAAGCAAGGAAGGAUUUUGGAAGGCAUUCUUGGUACCUCUAAUAACUCUGACAGACUGCAGGAGGAGAAAGAAAUCCGGAUCAUUGUGUUCCCACUGGCACUGGUAGAAAUCUUGACGAACUUCACACAUGAUAGACUUCUUGUUUCUGGCUUUGUAUGCCAGGCUAACUGACCCCAGGGCUUCUGGAAGAUUCUUCUCCACCUCUCAUCUUGCCAUGGGAGUUCCGAGAUUACAGACAUGUGCUAUGAGUUUCAGAAACCCAAACUCAUGUCCUGAUGCUUGUACAAGCACUUAACCCACUGAGCCUUCUUAUCAAAUAAUUUUAAAGGUAUGGAAUUUAGGAGUCAUACCUAUUAAAGAAGAAUCUGAGGAAGGCCACUGGGACUGGAAACAGUGGGAGAUGACGCCGGAUGAUGUCAUCAGAAGGCCACUGGGAAAGGAAACAGACAGGUAGAAGACCCCAAGGCCACAAAGCAGAGGCACAGGAAACAGCUUUUAUUUGUUAUAUGACUCAGAACUCCAAGAAACUCAGU